AUGCUCAGCAAUAUCGACAUGAAUAAUUUUCACGCCUUUUCCGAAGAUGUACAGAUGAACAUGGGCUCUUAUUCUGCUUCCGCAUUCGACCCCAUGGACGCUACCAUGUCUGUCGCUGAGAAUGGCGUCCGCCCCAACACUUCGGAAUUGGACCCGAACGCGGUGGGAGGAGGCCCCUUGCCCGCUGGCUUCGGUGUUCAGGUGCCUCACUCUGGAAGUAGCACGCUGACAGAGUUCACGAAACGGCGAAAUUGGUCCCAGCGAGUCCUCGAGGAACUCAAGGAUAUGUUGUAUAUUUUGACCUCAGAUGGGCGUCUUUUAUACGUGUCGCCCUCAACGAAAGCCCUUACUGGUUAUGAAGCUGCCGACCUCGACGGGAAAUUCAUAUCGGAUUACAUUCACCCCGACGAUGCGGCCUUGUUCAUCCGGGAGUUCAACGAAAGCAUCGCGACCGGUAACCCACUGCGCUUUUACUACAGGUUUCGUACCGCCGAAAAUAAGUAUACUAUCUUCGAGUGCCAUGGUCACCCACACCUCACCAGUGAUGUGUCCCAUCUCGAGAUGACUGGCGGCCCUGUCAAUGCUCCAGGUUUCUGCCGCGGUUUCUUUAUGAUGGCCCGCCCCUAUCCAACUGGCAACUCUCAACUUCUUGACUCUUUCAUUGAGCAUAAAAUCGAAAACGUCCGCCUCCAAGCACGCAUUGCCGCCCUCAAAAGCGAAGAAGACGAAGAAGCCGACAACCAAGUAAAGCACUAUCACAAGAAAGCCAACACAACUGACUCUACUGAGAUCACUGCCAAUUCCCCUUCCCAGACCUCGGCCGGCGUUCCCGCCGAUGCGCAAUCCAUGCCACCCCCUGCGAAACCUACCGUCUCGAAUAUCGCACUCACGCGCGAGGCUCUCGAUGAAGCAAACUCCUUCGCCCGACCCGAUAGCAUCACCGACAAGAUGGCCCGCUACGAAGGCUCCUCACAUGUCGAUUCCAUCGAAAUGUUCACCGGCUUGCGCUACCGUGAAGGAGAGCGCGCACACGGUAUUUCCACUGGUGGAACCUCGCCGGCGCUAAUCCGGGGCGAUGCUGGCAUCGACAUCCCAGCCGACAAGACAGAUCCACGCUACGGUGGUAGUAUUUAUCCCGACAAGAAGCCCAAAAAAGUGAAGUCAGCAGAUGAGUAUGUGUGUACGGAUUGCGGCACGCUGGAUAGCCCGGAAUGGCGACGAGGGCCUAGCGGGCCUAAAACGCUCUGCAACGCUUGUGGGCUUAGAUGGGCGAAGAAGGAGAAGAAGCGCGGCGGCCCAAGUGGCGGUGAGACGCAGGGCAGUGGCAGCGGUGGGGGCGGAACUGCUCAUUCUGGUGGUGGGAACAGUGCCGAUACCACUACCGCUGGGACGACUGUGAACGCAGGAGCGGAGGCUAGUGGAUCAGGCCCGCACCAGCAAGGGAAUACGGAUAGUGUGUGA